UUGCAGAUUCACUCCUGUCUCUUAUUUUUUGGCUUCAAUACAUGUGUCCCUCAAAUUAUAUAUUCACCAAACCCAUCAACGAAUUGCAUAAAUCAUACGAGAAAAGAAGCAAAAUAAAAGAAGCGAUAGAAUGAAAUAAAUGCCAAUACUCAUUAAUGAACAGACAGGGGUCAUAGACACAUAGUGCCUAACAUUUGUGUGUGUCUAUUAUAAUUAUAAUAACUAUUCUAAUAAAUGUGGAUAGUUAAGUGAUUGAGGUCUCGGAGUUUCUCUCUUUACAGGUGGUGAGUGGUGGGAAAAGGGUUUCUUUUCUUCUACUGGAAAAGAAGAAGCUUGUGCUGGAAAACCAUUAAAGGCUGGGAGUUGUGUACAUCUUGGAGGAAGGGUUGUACCUCUGCAUUUCAAGAAAGUGUGAAAGAUUGAAUCUUGCGCCAGGGAGACACUUCUCUGGGAUAUGGGAUUGGGAGGUUGUACUUCUUGAAGAAAGCGUCGUGCCCUUCUCAUUCAAGGGAGAAUUCUGUGUUUUUAGUUGCUGGUGAUUGUUGAAAAGGGAAGCUUUUGCAAUGCAAAUGGAGGGCAGGCGGGGAGUUGGGUUUUUCGGUUUAGUACUUUGUUUGGCUGUGUUUGUGGGCUGCAGUUCUGCUCAGAGUGAUUCAGAUAAUGUUACUGCUGUGUAUAUUGUGACUCUCAAACAAGCCCCUACUUCUCAUUACUACGAUGACGAGCUUAGAGUUAAGCAAGGCCGCCAUAAUAAACGCAAUGGGUCUGAAGGAAUGAGUAGAUUAGAUAAACCAAGAAAUACAUCAAGGAUGGAUAGGGGUCAUAAGCCGUACAUAGACCGUGUGCAUGAUUCUCUCUUAAAACGAGCAUUAAAGGGCGAAAAGUAUCUGAAGCUCUACAGCUACCGUUUUCUAAUAAAUGGAUUUGCUGUGCUUGUCACUCAACAGCAGGCUUACAAGCUGUCAACAAGGAGGGAGGUGUCAAAUGUGGUAUUGGAUUUCUCAGUUAGGACUGCUACUACUCAUACACCCCAGUUUCUUGGUCUUCCUCAAGGAGCAUGGGCACAAGAAGGCGGAUUUGAUACAGCGGGAGAAGGGGUUGUUAUUGGAUUCAUCGACACUGGAAUUGAUCCCAUGCACCCUAGCUUCUCUGAUGAUACACCCGAAAAGCCAUACCCCAUUCCACAGCAUUUCUCAGGUAUUUGUGAGGUCACACGAGACUUUCCAUCCGGAUCCUGCAACAGAAAGCUCGUUGGGGCUCGCCAUUUUGCAGCCUCUGCGAUUACCAGAGGGAUUUUUAAUGCCACACAGGACUAUGCUUCACCAUUUGAUGGCGAUGGCCAUGGGACGCACACAGCUGCUAUUGCAGCAGGAAAUCAUGGAAUUGCAGUUGUAGUUGCUGGACAUACCUUUGGAAAUGCCAGUGGAAUGGCUCCUCGUUCGCACAUUGCUGUUUAUAAGGCGUUAUACAAGAGUUUCGGAGGAUUUGCUGCAGAUGUGGUUGCUGCCAUAGAUCAGGCUGCACAGGAUGGAGUGGACAUAAUAAGCUUGUCGAUAACUCCAAACAGGCGACCUCCUGGCAUUGCCACUUUCUUUAAUCCCAUAGACAUGGCUCUACUGUCGGCAGUCAAGGCAGGGAUUUUUGUUGUACAGGCAGCAGGAAACACGGGGCCGUCUCCCAAGAGCAUCUCAUCCUUUAGUCCAUGGAUCUUCACUGUUGGCGCUGCAGCCCACGACAGGAUCUAUAGUAACUCUAUAAUCCUAGGCAACAACAUCACAAUCUCCGGAGUUGGACUUGCUCCUGGAACCGACAAAGACUCAAUGUACACAUUGGUUUCCGCUGUCCACGCCUUAAACACAACAGCAGCCGCUAAUGACAUGUAUGUUAGCGAAUGCCAAGAUGCCGGCAACUUUAAUCAGAGUGUUGUCAAAGGGAAUCUUCUUAUCUGCAGCUACUCUAUUCGGUUCGUUCUCGGGCUCUCCACCAUCAAACAAGCUUUAGAAACCGCGGAUAACCUUAGUGCAGCUGGCGUCGUGUUCUACAUGGAUCCUUAUGUUAUCGGCUUCCAGCUCAACCCGAUUCCAAUGAGGAUCCCUGGUAUUAUAAUCCCAUCACCCGAUGAUUCAAAAAUCUUACUACAUUAUUACAAUUCUUCUUUGGAGAGAGAUGAAAGCUCAAAGAAAAUUGUUAAAUUUGGGGGACUAGCAAGUGUUUCUGGUGGAAUCAAAGCAAAUUUCAGCCACUCUGCGCCCAAGGUUAUGUAUUAUUCUGCUAGAGGACCAGAUCCAGAAGACAAUUUUCUUGAUGUUGCUGACAUACUAAAACCAAACGUCGUUGCACCCGGAAACUUCAUAUGGUCUGCUUGGAGCUCACGUGGCAUGGACUCGAUUGAAUUUCUAGGUGAGAGCUUUGCAAUGAUGUCUGGAACAAGCAUGGCAGCUCCUCACAUUGCUGGACUUGCAGCCUUGAUCAAGCAGAGGUUUCCCUCUUUCUCUCCGUCUGCAAUUGGAUCCGCGCUCUCGACAACGGCUUCCCUCAAUGACAAAAACGGUGGGCCGAUCAUGGCGCAACGCGCUUACACCAAUCCCGACGUGAACCAGUCUCCGGCCACUCCCUUCGAUAUGGGGAGUGGAUUUGUUAAUGCUACCGGAGCGUUGGAUCCCGGUCUCAUUCUUGAUUCAAGCUAUGACGAUUACUUGUCAUUCCUGUGUGGCAUCAACGGUUCGUCUCCGGUGGUCCUCAACUACACGGGAGCGAGCUGUGGGGGUUCGACCCUGAAUGCCACGGACCUCAACCUGCCCUCGAUCACUGUAUCGAAGCUGAACCAGUCCGUGAGCGUGCAACGAGUCGUGACCAACGUUGGGAGCAACGAGACGUACAGUGUGGGGUGGAGUGCGCCUUACGGAGCUUCGGUGAAGGUGACGCCGACACACUUCUCUAUCGGUAGUGGAGAGAAGCAGGUGUUGAUUGUGUUCAUUAACGCCACCAUGAACAGUUCAGUUGCAAGCUAUGGGAGGAUUGGGUUGUUUGGGAAUCAAGGCCAUUCUGUCAAUAUUCCUCUCUCUGUCAUUCUCAAGAUUUCAUACAAUAACACUGCUGGUUGAUUUCACUAUGGAUACUAAUGAUAUUCCAUGUAAUUUUCAACUACAUUUUGAUUUUUUGAUUGGUUACUAUGUAAAUUCUUUGAGAUGCAGAAAUAGUAGUUGCCUGCUGACAA